GGUGCACAAACUUUUGGCCUUAUAGCGUAGUAUAUAUGAUAUGAUACACAUCUCUAUACAUAGCAUGCAAUACAAUACGACUGAGAAAAUGUCACUGUGUCACUGUGUUGCUUAAAUUGCGGCUUCAUGUCUUGUACGUAUGGAGAGCAUGAACACCUCCACAAAGCCAGUUGAAACAACACCACUGUAGGAGAAUUUACACAUGAACAUUUAGCUAUAAGCUUCCCUUACUUUUUCAGCAACAUUAUCCUUGUAACUCCAGUGCAAAAUUUUAACCACUGAGCUAAAUUCAGACAUCAAAUGUUUUAGGGAAAAUUGUGCGAAUUUUUUGGCUUUACAAAGAGCCAAAAAAAAACUUACAACAGGUUUUAAACAGUUUGUUGUUUUUGCUCUGAAGCUACUCAUCUGUAUAAAUAAGAUCGUGUUUCAAAAGCCACCUGCUAACUACUGAAUGACGCGGUCAUGUGUGCUUUUGUUUUUGUAUUAAUGACUAUGAUUUUAAAGGGGAAGCAAAUUUUUUUUCUUUGUUGAUUUAAAGACUUUUUGAUUAGCUCCCAAAUCCUGCUUGGCUUCUCCUCAUGUCCUUGGUGUGUGGGACGAGAGAGAGAGAGAAGAUGCAGAUUUACGAGUUUGCGGAGAGUGUUUCCUGUCUUAGCUGCGAUAUCUCUCUCUCUCUCUCUCUCUCUCUCUUUCUCUGUCUUUCUCUCGCUCUGUCUCCUUCUUGCUCUCUUUUUUUUCUGUCCCUCUCCUGGGGGCUGGCUUCGUCCUGACAGAUCAGUGGCAGCUGACAGAAGGCUGUUUGGAUCUCUCGGGUUGGUGGUGGGGUGUGUUUAAGAGGAACGGGAAGUCUAUGCCAUUUUUGAGGCACGUGACCAAGGCCAUCCUACCCUCACCUCAGCUUUCCUGAGUGCCAGGCGUCCUUAUCCAAUCACGCUUGGAAUGCUACUUGUCACUCUGGUUAUUUCUGCUGCCUGUCACCAUCGAGGUGCAGCGCUAACAGUUUGCCAAAUGGUAGUGGGUUGAUCCCCCCCUCCACAAACAUCCCACCCCUCUUCCUUACACACACUCACACACACACACUCUCUCUCAGUCUCAUUGGGAGUUUGUGGUCUGAACUUUGCAGAUCUCUGGCAGUGCUUCUCUUGUUACUAUGCGCUCCUGCUUUUUCUCUCUCUCUCCCAGUGAGUGAGGGAAGGCAAAAAGUAAAGGGGGAAAAGUGUGUGGGUGAGAGAGAGAGAGAGAGAGGGAGAGAGAGCGCCAGAGAGAGUGCAGAGAGCCGAUCAGACACGUUUAAAGGGUGGGCAAGAGACAGAGUCGACUGGAACUAGACGGAGACGCGAGAAUGUCUCGCCGGCUGCGUCUCUACUUUGGGUCCAACCGCAGCAACACAGCUCCUGAGUUAGAGGAACUCGAGGAUGAAGACCAGAAUACACAUAAUAACGUUGCUGGAGCGGGAGCCAUGCUUUUCCAAAUGCGUCCGCACAACCCGUUGCUUGAGGAAGACGCUCCUGUUUCUGGCGCUUUCUUAAAACGAAGCUCCUCCAUGUUUAUCCCGCAGCUCCAGAGCCAAACUGAACUGCCAAGGCCCACCAAGAGUUCUUCCAUGCAGAUCUCCCUCCAGCGCUCCUCUACGCCCCAGGAAGAUGUACAGUCCAUGGAUUCACCACCAGGAUACCCCCAGGAUCCAGCUCCGGCAUACACCGAGCCUGCAGAGGGCUGGUUAUCUUCUCAAUCUGCAGUUUACCGCAGAAGAGAAAGUCCAACAACUCCGGUUAUGGAUCAGACAAACCCAGGAAUGGAUGCUGCCCAGCCCAAGAGGCGAGUUUUUUGCGUCAGGCCAUACGAUUUACAGAACGGACACUCUCCUUUGAGAAUUGGCAAUGACAGUUCUCCAGGAAUCAGCCUUGGUGGGUUUUGUAUCCAGCAAAGUGCCACCAAUGGAUCUGAUGUCCAGCAGUUCAGAAUAGUUCCCUACAGCCAGGAUGGGCAAAACGGUGCCUGCCGUUGGUCUGUUCAGCCAACCACAGAUGGAAAUUCUGGUACUCGGAGACUCGUGUUCCAGCUUCAACAGGACAGAGGAAGAACCGUGACUACAAAUGGCCAGAGAGAGGCGGCUGAUCUUGGGUCUAAAGGUGGCCGAGCAGUACGGUACCCUCGAAUCCGACUCGAGAGGAGCACCUCUCAGCCUUUACAACCCAGACAAGUACCAUCACGCCCUGGAUCUAUGCCUAACCUUCAUGCCCCCAUCUCUGAGACAGAAGUCGAUGAGGACGGAGCUCAAGGCUGCACCUUUAAGAUCAGGAAAGAGCAGGAUCCGAGGCAGGCCAAGUUCAAGAUAUAUUUCAGCCAAGGAGGCAGCCACAGGUCUAACUCGACACAGGAUAUUAGCUUUGGAAAAGGUCCUACCUGGAACUGCCCAAAGACUAGAGAUGACUUCCUGGGACAGGUGGAUGUGCCUCUGAGUCACUUGCCGACGGAGGAUCCAGCGAUGGAGCGGCCGUACACGUUUAAAGAUUUCCUCCUCAGGCCAAGAAGUCAUAAGUCGAGGGUGAAAGGUUAUCUGAGGCUGAAGAUGGCGUACCUGCCGAAGAACGGUGCUCAGGAGGAGGAGAGCGGCGAGAUGAGAGAGGAGGCUGAGGGAUGGGAGGUGGACUCGGUGGAUCACGGCGGUUCUCGUCGUUCUCAGCAGAUCCUUCCUCCGUUGCCGGCAGGUUGGGAGGAGAAAGUUGAUAAUCUCGGCCGAACGUAUUACGUUAAUCACAACAACCGAACCACACAGUGGAAAAGACCCAGCACAGUUGACGUGGUAUCAGAGACGGACAGCGAUAAUCACCUGCGUCAGAUCAACCAGGAAGCGCACCGAGUGUUUCGCUCCAGACGCCACAUCAGUGAGGACCUGGAGAACGAGCACAUCGACCCCCGAGAGCUCGAUGAUCCCCUCCCCUCCCAGUCCUGGGACCCUAUCACUGAAGAGGAUUUCUCGGGGAUGAGUGAGGCCGUGGCUGGCCCCGCCUCCUCUGCCACGCCCAUUCAUCAGUUCAGCACUCCAGAGUUUUCAGAAGAGAUCAGCAUGAGGCUGUCACUCACUCCUAACACCAACGGAGAAAUGGGCGGAGCUAACAACACCGGGUCUCUCCUGUCAUCCAGGUUGCGUUCCUCCAGUAUGACUGAUGGAGUGAGUGAUCAGGCUCAGACUCCCUCACCUAUGACGUCGCAGUCCAGACGAACCCGAGCCCAAACGGUCACAGGCCUAGAACAGCCCAUGUCCCUGCCCUCAGGUUGGGAGGAGAGAAAAGACGCUAAGGGCCGAACGUAUUAUGUCAAUCACAACAACCGCAGCACAACUUGGACACGCCCUAUUCUGCAGCACACUGAAGAUGGAGUGAGUUCUCCUGCAGGAGCUGUAGGAGGCGCUGUAGCUACUACACCUUCAUCCAGCGGCCAUCUUAGUGAACCCCAAAUGCGCAGACCUCGUAGCCUUAGUUCCCCCACCGUCACUCUGUCCACUCCUCCAGAGGGAACCAAUAACGUGCCGCUUCCUCGUGUGGUGAAGGACACGCUCUCGAACCCGCAGUCGCCUCAGCCUUCGCCCUACAGCUCGCCCAAAUCCCAGCACAAGGUCACUCAGAGCUUCCUGCCCCCGGGGUGGGAGAUGAGGAUCGCCCCCAACGGACGGCCGUUCUUCAUCGACCACAACAGCAGGACGACCACAUGGGAGGAUCCACGUUUAAAGUACCCCGUUCACAUGAGGGCUAAAGGAGCGCUGGACCCCGGCGACCUCGGCCCACUUCCUCCGGGAUGGGAGGAGCGAGUCCAUGCAGAUGGAAGAACGUUUUACAUCGACCACAACACGAAGAACACACAGUGGGAAGAUCCUCGACUACAGAGUCCCGCUAUCACAGGACCGGCCGUGCCGUACUCGCGAGAGUUUAAACAGAAAUAUGAUUACUUCAGGAAGAAGUUAAAGAAGCCGGCGGACAUUCCUAACCGUUUCGAGAUGAAGCUGCACAGAGGCAGUAUAUUCGAGGAGUCCUACAGGCGGAUCAUGUCUCUGAAGAGGCCGGACGUUCUGAAGUCCCGCCUCUGGAUCGAGUUCGAGUCGGAGAAAGGGCUCGACUACGGGGGCGUGGCCAGGGAGUGGUUCUUCCUUAUCUCUAAGGAGAUGUUCAACCCUUAUUAUGGACUGUUUGAGUACUCAGCCACAGAUAACUACACACUCCAGAUUAAUCCAAACUCAGGGUUGUGUAACGAGGAUCAUCUCUCAUACUUCAAGUUCAUCGGGCGAGUAGCGGGCAUGGCGGUGUAUCACGGCAAGCUGCUGGACGGUUUCUUCAUCCGACCUUUUUAUAAGAUGAUGCUGGGAAAACCCAUCACGCUGAACGACAUGGAGUCAGUGGACAGUGAAUACUACAACUCACUGAAGUGGAUUUUGGAGAACGACCCGACGGAGCUGGACCUGCGCUUCUGUAUCGAUGAGGACAACUUCGGACAGACAUACCAAGUGGACCUGAAGCCGAGCGGUUCUGAUAUGGUCGUCACCAACGACAACAAGAAGGAGUAUAUCGAUUUGGUUAUACAGUGGCGGUUUGUGAACAGGGUGCAGAAACAGAUGAAUGCCUUUAUGGAGGGAUUCACAGAGCUGAUUCUCAUCGACUUAAUUAAGAUCUUUGAUGAGAACGAGUUGGAGUUGCUGAUGUGUGGUCUGGGUGAUGUGGAUGUUAACGACUGGAGACAACACACCGUGUAUAAAAACGGCUACUGUCCAAAUCACCCCGUCAUCCAGUGGUUCUGGAAGGCCGUGUUGUUGAUGGAUGCCGAGAAGAGGAUUCGGCUGCUGCAGUUCGUCACAGGAACGUCCAGAGUUCCUAUGAAUGGCUUUGCCGAGCUGUAUGGUUCGAACGGGCCGCAGUUGUUUACCAUCGAGCAGUGGGGGACUCCAGACAAACUCCCCCGUGCACACACAUGUUUUAACCGUUUGGAUCUGCCAGCGUACGAGUCGUUCGAUGAUCUGAGGGAGAAGCUGCUGAUGGCUGUGGAGAACGCGCAGGGCUUCGAGGGAGUCGACUAGAUACACACACACGCGUACACACACUGCAACAUAGAUAUACGCACACACACACACACACACACACACACACACACACAGUCGAAUCUGAGGCCUGGAGCCUUUUAACAGUUGUGUGUGUGUGUGUGUGUGUGUGUGUGUGUGAACACACAUUGAGACUGAUCUGAGACUUUACGCUACACUACAGCACAGUCCUUUAACUCUCUCUCUCUCUUUCUCUCUCACUCUCUCUCACUCUCUCUCACUCUUGCUCUUUCUCACUCUCUCUCGCUCUUUGUCUCUGGGGUGCUUUUACUUUUGCACUUUGCUUCAUCCCUCCAUCUUUCAUGCCUCUGUUUUCUGUCUUUAUUUCUCGUUAACUCUCCUCUCUUUUUUCAAUCCCUCCAUCUUUCUUGCUCUCAGAUGACUGAUUUUUUUUCCUCUCUCUCUCUCUCUCUCUCUCUCUCUCUCUCUCUCUCUCUCUCUCUCUCUCUACUCUUCCACACCUAUUGUCAAAGGAUUAUGGGUAGUGAAGGCGUAGUAAUCGGUAAACCCAUAUCAGGUCUUAUAAACACCAGAUUACCUUAGACGACGAAGAGCGACGAAGAGCCACACCUCCUCUUCCUCCUCUUCUUCCUCACGCCUCCUUCGCUCUUCUUUUCUUCCACGCUGGGGAUUUUUUUAAUCUUUCUUUUUUUUUUCUUUUUUUCAAAACACAGAAGGAACAGUAAUCAUCAUUUUUAGAUUUUUAUCAGUUAUUAUCCGGAUGAUCUUAUCACGUUGGCGUUUGUAUCAAUAAUGUACGUGGUUUACAAUUUUAGGUUAAAAAAAAAUACAACUAAAGAAAUAAAUGAAUACUGCAUGGCGAGCUGGCCGAGCUGUAAUGGGAUUACGGCUGACUCCCUGAUCAGUGUGUUUUAGUGCUGAGAAAACUGGCAUGAACAUGCGUGUAUGUCGUGUUAUGGAUAUGAUUACGUAGUAAUUAACGCUGUUUUCCCGCUCCCCUGGAACUGCCGGGGAAAACCGAGACGCCGUGUAAACGACGCUUUUCUUCACAAGUGUAUUAUUAAUAUUAAUAUUAAUAUUAUUACAAUUAUUAUGCUGUUUGUACAUUUUUUUUUUUGAGGAUUGAGGAAGAAAAAAAAACAAACGUUUAACUGAGUCACUGUAUGUAUUAAAGCUUCUGUAAGUAUUAACAGCAUGAAUGAAGAAGAUGUGAACGUUCUGACUGCUGCAGAUUUUUAGUACUUAAACUCCUCUUUCUGUCACCUUUCCUUUUAUUUCUUUCCCCCCUUUUAUUAUUUAUGUCCAUUCUAACAUCACUAAAAGCUGUAAGGGCACUUUAUCGGUCACUCGCGAGCCUCGUGGGUCGACGUUUUUCUCUUUUAUUAAUAUUAACUUGAAUGUGACUUUGCUAUAAUAUCUAUGAUAUCUUUUCUGUUUCGAGCACUCAAACGACACGGUGCAAUUCUCUCAUCUGAUUUCUGUCAGGCGCUCACCCCGACCUCGCAACACCUGAUCCGGGGUCAGUUUCACCCCUCAGAGUCGUAAUGACGUGGAUCAGGACUGUAGAAAGGUUCGGUGUGGUUCUGAAUCAUUUUCUUUGACUCGGAUUCUCUGAAUCGGGUUCUCUGAAUCAAUAUCUCUGAAUUAGAUUCUCUGAAUCAUUUUCUUUGAACUAGAUUCUCUGAAUUAGAUUCUCUAAUCAUUUUCUUUGAAUCGGGUUCUCUGAAUCAAUAUCUCUGAAUUAGAUUCUCUGAAUCAUUUUCUUUGAACUAGAUUCUCUGAAUUAGAUUCUCUGAAUCAUUUUCUUUGAAUCGGAUUCUCUGAAUCAAUUUAUCUGAACUAGAUUCUCUGAAUCAUUUUCUUUGAAUCAGAUUCGCUGAAUUAGAUUCUCUGGAUCAUUUUCUUUUAAUCAGAUUCUCUGAAUUGGAUUCUCUGAAUCAAUUUCUCUGAACUAGAUUCUCUGAAUCAGAUUCUCUGAAUCAAUUUAUCUGAACUAGAUUCUCUGAAUCAUUUUCUUUGAAUCAGAUUCUCUGAAUCAAUUUCUCUGAAUUAGAUUCUCUGAAUCAUUUUCUUUGAAUCAGAUUCUCUGAAUUAGAUUCUCUGGAUCAUUUUUUUUUAAUCAGAUUUGCUGAAUUAGAUUCUCUGGAUCAUUUUCUUUGAAUCGAUUUCUCAGAAUCAGAUUCUCUGAAUCACUUUAUCUGAGCCUUUUAUUUCUCUCACCUGGUUUCUGUGCUUUCUCUUUCUGCCGCUCACAACGCGGCUCAACCGAUUUCUGAUCUCUGAUGUUAUUGUUAUCUUUCUUUCUUUUCUCUUUCUCUCUUUUGUAGAGCCUGUUGUUUUUGUAUCGAUGGGGAAUGUUCACCCUUGCGAUUCGUAUAACUUGGUUCAAAUUAAACUGAGGAAUGAAA